CCUAUCGGAGGCCGAGAGUGAUGGGCUUGUACACCGGAAGUCGGAAGAACCUCUAUGUGUGGCUCUGUUGGCUCCACGUGAUUUUGCCAAACGCCACCCGCAUGGCUGUGGGAGCCGGUCGGCGGAAGAUGUCUGAAAGUGAUGAGGGAAGUAAAGGUCCGGAGAAGGAAGGGAACCAAAAUGGCAUCCAUAAGAGAGAGAAGCCGAGGGGCAAGAAACGGGCUUCCUCCUCUGAAGGCCUCUUGCAGCCGGUGAAGUUGGGCAAAAGCGAGCUCUACAAGGUGCCCACCAACGAAGAACUGAGCCACCUCAAGGAGACGGAGAACCUGUUCCAUUCCAACCUUCUGCGCCUGCAGAUCGAGGAACUGUUGAAAGAGGUGACCCUCAAGGAGAAGAAGAAGCAGAGGAUCGAUGCCUUCCUUCACGAAAUCAGCGCCAUGCUCAGGAACGUCCCUGAGCUUCCGGCGAGAGACAUCACUGACCAGUCGUGGCUCCCCAAGGGAGUGAAGGUCCCUAUCCUGCAGGUUCCUUUCAAGGUGAAGGGCAAGUUCCAUUUUCUGCCCCCAGCAGAGGUAAAGGUGGUGGGAAGUUACCUGCUGGGCACCUGUAUCAAGCCGGAGGUGAAUGUGGACGUUGCAGUGACCAUGCCCAAGGAAGUUUUCCAAGAGAAGGACAACCUCAACCAGCGCUACCACCGCAAGAGGGCCCUCUACCUGGCCCACCUGGCCCAGCACCUGGCCGAGAGGAACCACUUUGGGAGUGUGGCCUUUGCCUACGCGAACGGCAAUCAUUUGAAGCCCCUUCUGCUCCUCCAGCCACAAGGGAAGGAUGCAAAGAUGGUAACAGUUCACCUCCAUGCCUGCCCAGCCCCUGGAGUUUUCAGGCCCAUCCGUUUGCACCCCUGCAAAAACAACAUCCGUACUGCUUGGUUCACGGAGAAGGACUCACCUGUGACAGGAGUAGCUGAACCCCCCACACCCCAUUACAACAACUCCAUUUUGUGGGACCUGGUGAUGGAGACCAACCUGCUCUACCUCUCCGAGGCCGCCAGCGCCUUCCGAGGUUUCCAAGAUGGGAUGGCCCUCCUCAAAGUUUGGCUCCGCCAGCGAGAGCUCUAUCAGGGUCUGGGAUGUUUCAACGGCUUCAUUGCAUCCAUGCUGGUGGGACACCUCUUGGCCACUCACAAGAUCAGCAAAAUGAUGAGUGGGUACCAGGUGCUGCGCAACGCUCUCCAUUUCUUAGCUACUACAGAUCUCACUACGUCUGGAAUCAGCCUGUCAAAAGACACAGAGCCCAGUCUGCCUUCCCUGACUGACUUCCACCAAGCGUUUCAAGUGGUGUUUGUGGACUCUUCUGGAUUGGUGAACCUGUGUGCAGAUAUGACUGCCAACACUUACAAGCAGGUCCAGUUUGAAGCUAGGCAGUCGAUGGAGGUUCUGGAUGACAAAACAGUGGAUGGGUUUCAGUUGCUUUUUAUGACCCCCAAGCCUCUGAUCCGGACCUUUGAUCAUGUCUUUCACCUCCGUCACGUCUCCAAACUCCAGACGGCUUGCAAGCAGAUGCAGCUGCUCAACGCGUUGAUGGACCGGGGUGGGAGUUACGUGGCUGCCGUCCUCCCAUUCUUCCUCAGCCUCCUGGAGCGCGGACUGGCCCGCCGGCUGGUUCUCCUGGCUCAUCAAUUGCCUCAGAGCCAUCCGUGGCCGAUCCAUGUGGAUCCCCCAAAGCACAAAGACGUCGGUUCCUUAUCCUUCGGACUGUUGCUAAAUCUUGACUUCGCAACCAGUGUUUUGGAGCGAGGACCUGAAGGCCAUAAAGAGGAGGCCGUGGAGUUUCGGCAAUUCUGGGGAGAGAAGUCAGAGCUGAGGCGUUUCCAAGAUGGCGUCAUCUGCGAGGCCGUUUUGUGGAACGCUGCAAACCUGUGCCAGAAACGUCUUAUUCCAGAGCAAAUCAUACGUCAUAUCUUGAAACUGCACCUGGCUGUUCCAGAGACUUCCAUCUCUUACACAGGGGCUUUGCUGGAGCCCUUACUUAAAGUGGAGCAUGAGAUUGCAGGGACCGGCGAGGAAGACCUGGUGAACCUGAUCCGUUCCUAUGACGAUUUGAGCCGCAAGCUUUGGCACCUGAAGGGGCUGCCCUUGACGGUGACGGCGGUGCAAGGAGCCCACCCCGCCCUUCGAUACACAGAGACUUUUCCUCCGGUCCCUAUGAAACCAGACUAUACAUCCCAUGUCAAGAUCAAAAAGCGAGCAUCCUUUCUCCCCGUGGCGAAAAAACCGUGUCCUGCUUACGUGGCCCCAAUAAAAGUGAUUUGCCAGAUGGAGGGAAGCGGUCAGUGGCCGCGGAACAAGGAGGCCAUUCAGCGCAUCAAAGCGGCUUUCCAGUUGCAACUAGCUGAAGUCCUGAAUGAGCAGCACCAUCUACUCUGCCGGCCAUCCGCCACCUACACUGAUAUAUAUAAGAAUGGCUACGUCUUCCGCCUGCGAGUGGUCUACCAUCGAGAGCCCCAGGUCCUGAAGGAGGUGGUCACUCCGGAGGGGAUGCUGAAGUACCAGGAGAGUCCAGAGUCUCAGCAGCUGGAACUUGAGACGUUGCAUCUGCCCUUCUUGACUAGCUCGCUCCACGGCCUCCAGCAACAAUAUCCGGCUUUUAGCGGCAGCUGCCGUCUCGCCAAGCGAUGGAUCAGCGCCCAGAUGCUGAGCGACAGCCUUGCGGAGGAGGCUGUGGAUUUAUUAGCGGCCUUCCUUUUCCUCUCUCCAGCUCCGUUCACGGCACCCAGCUCUCCCCAAGUGGGCUUCCUUCGGUUCCUUCACCUGCUCGCUUCCUUUGAUUGGAAGAACAGCCCACUUUUGGUGAACCUCAACGGUGACCUCAAAGAGGCAGAUUAUGUAGCAAUCAGGAACCACUUUAUGGAAGCCCGGCCUCAACUCCCGGCCAUGUUCAUUGCUACCCCGAAAGACCAACAAUUGUCACUGUGGACCAGAGAGAAGCCAUCACCUCAGAUCCUCCAGCGCCUGCUUGUGCUGGCCCAAGAGUCCCUUCAGGUGUUGGACAAGCAACUUAUGGAUCCGCUCGGGACCCAGGACCUGAAGAUGGUCUUCCGGCCUCCACUGGAUCUUUAUGAUGUCCUCAUCCACCUGAACCCCAAGCAGAUCCCCAGGUACCUGGAGGCCGUCGACCGGCCCACCUGGUCCUUCUAUCGGGGGAUGUUGAAGAGGAACAACAGCACAAAAACCAUCUCUUUCCCAGUGGUGGAUUUUGACCCCGUCCAGUGCUAUCUGCAGGAGCUCCGAGAAGCCUUUAGUGACUUUGCCCUGUUCUUCUAUGACAAAUAUGGAGGAGAUGUUAUUGGGGUCCUCUGGAAGCCUUCGGCCUUUGAACCGCAGCCCUUCAAGGUGUCAAACAUUAACGGGAGGAUGAUGUCCAGAUUAAGUUCUCAGCCAAUGGUGGUUCCAAACGUGGAAGCCAUUUUGGAAGACUUCCAGAUCUUGGGGAAAGGCCUGGUCAAAAGGGUGGAAGCUCGGACAGAGAAAUGGUCCAUCUGAAACCAUCUGGGCUCCUCCAUGGAUUUGGAACUGUUGAGGCUGUGUUCUUCUCCCCCAUAACUUUUUUUCUUCAAGAUUUUUUUUUCUUGGAUUUUUUUUAAAAAGUUUUAUUGAUUUUCUCGUUUUUCAUUUAAAUAUUUUAAAAGCAACGUGGCAGCUGAGUGAAUCGAUAAUUCAAUAACAUACAGAUAACUUUAGUACCCGUCUCAAGCUAUUACAUUAAAUAUUUCCUCCCUUUCCCCCUUAGUGUUUCCUGUCUCGUGUUUAAACUAAUAACAAUUCUUAUUAUAUCAAUUGAAUAAAAAUAACUUUCUUACAUUUAUCAAUAAUUUUUAGCUUAUACACAUCCUAGUUCUUUUAACAGUCAAUCUUUAUAUAGGCUAUCAAUGUCCUAAUUUGUUUUUCCCAAUUUUUAGUUUCCCAUUACUAUUUACAUUUAACAUUUAAUAUUUAUAAUUUCCAAGUUUUAAAUAACCACAGCUCCCUUCAUCCCAAUUCAUCACAAAACCUAAUGUUCAGGAUGCACAUCUUAUCUAUCUGAAUAUAUUCUAUUUCUCACCAUCUUACAUCAGCUAAUUAAUAAUACAGUACCACAUUCUUAUUUUCUAUUAAUUUCCAAAUGUCUUAAGUUUAGUAACCAAUAUUUCUCUUAUUUCAACAUUAGAUACUGAAAUCAAACACUCCUUCCAUCCUGUUUGCCUCCAGUCAGUUCAGAGGAGCCUGACUCCUCCAAUAAAGGACUUUAUUAAAAAAUAAUAAUAAAUUUCUCCUCCGGUUAAAGAAAAUACUAGAAAAUUACUCUUCGUUCAUGGAGUAGAACUCAAAUCAAGCCGUCGCUCCUUUUUUCUCCCUUCCUGGAAGAAAAAAUAAGAUUAUAAUAGAGGAGUUAAAUGGAGAUUGGAUUUAAGAAGCAAGGCCUGGGUGAAAUCUGGUGAGGGCUGAGGUCACGAGGUCAUCCGGAACACGGAUCCCCAACCUUUUUGGCCCAAGAGAUUGAUUUUGUAGAAGACAAUUUUUUCAUGGACUGGGCCAGUAAGAGGAGGGGAGUGUCACCUAGAUCCCACGCAUGUGCAGUUUUGCUCGCCUGUCGCUCACUUCCAGGUGUGUAAACCGGUUUGUAACAGGCCAUGGACCAGGAGUUGGGGACCUCUGAUCCAGAACAGGGCCUGAUUUUGACAGCCACUCUAGGAAGCUACACUUGAUGAACCCACUUCUCAUUCUCAUGUUGAAUAAUCGCCCAAGUUUAUUAUCUGGCUAUAAGAAAACUGCUGUUGGUCACUCCCUUGACUUUAUUAUUUCCUUCUCAAAAAAUAAUCACCCUAAAGAAUGGAUAGAAGUUAAAAGGCCUCUGAUAACCCCCCCCCCACUCCUAUAUCUGCAUAUCUGUGCCAGAAAAACAUGUUAAAACCAGCACAUAACGUAAACCACCCGCUACACGUGUACACACCAAAAACCAAUUCCCCUAUAAAACGAAGUCCCUGCACCUUUUUUUCUGUAUAGUCUACCCUCAAGAUGAGAGCUUUUGUUCUUGAAAAUAAAAUCUUUUUUGCAGUAUG